AUGUGCUGUGUCCCUCGGACACAGCGGAUCACCGAUCAUGGAAAGAGCCAAAGAUGUCGGCUCGGUCAUGUGAUCAGCUGUGUCCAAUCACAGCUGAUCACAUGGGACAUGUACACUGAUCAUCAGAGCACUGAUGAUCAGUGUGCCCUGAUGAUCAGUGUAGCCCCAGCAGUGCCACCUGUCAAAGUCCAUCAGUGCCAGCUGUCAGUGCCGAUCAGUGCCACGUGCCAGAUCAAUGCCACAUAUCAGUGCCCAUCUGUGCUGCCUUUCAGUGCCAUCCAUCAGUGCCAGUCAGUGCCACCUAUCAAUGCCAAUCAGUGCCACCUAUCAGUGCUGCCAAUCAGUGCCGCCUAUCAGUGCCAGUCAGCGCCGCCUAUCAGUGUGCAUCAGUGCCGCCUAACAGUG